AUGAAUGGCAGCGGUUUGAAUGAAAAUGUGCUGCUGUAUAAUGAACCUAAUAUUACAAUAAUUUUGAUUGUAGGUUCCUUCCUCCUAUUGCUUAAUUUAGUGGGAUACGCACUUGAUAGAUUUUUUUAUUGUGGUUUAGUGGGACAAAUAUUCCUAGGAGUUGCAUGGGGGAUACCGGGCGCUAAAUGGCUAAGCUUGUCUAUGCAGGAAUCUGUAGGUGAAUUAGGUUAUUUGGGGUUAAUUUUACUUGUGUAUGAGGGAGGCUUGUCAUCAGAUAUUAGAGCCAUUAGAUCGAAUCUGCUUAUGUCUUCACUUUCUGCAUUGACAGGAGUAUUAGCAACAAUCGGUAUCUCCUUCAUUUUGAUGGUACUUGUAGAUGCCAGUCCAUUGCAAGCUUUUGCUGCCGGUGCAGCCCUGUCUUCUACAAGUUUGGGAACUACCUUUACUUUGCUAAAGAACAGUGGUCUCAUCUCGAGUCACUCUGGCGUUAUAAUUGCCAGUGCUGCUGUUUUGGAUGAUGUUACCGGUCUUAUCAUGGCACAAGUGAUUUCGAAAUUAGGCAGUGACUCUACAUUCAACGCUGUGACAGUAAUCCGUCCAGUGUUUGUUUCAAUCGCAUUUGCUGUUGGUGUACCUACUAUUUGUUGUUUAUUGAUAAAACCGACAGCUAAAAGAUUAAGAGCUUGUUAUGCCCUACUACCUAUCAAUAUAAUCAGUAAUCUUCAAUUUUCAUUUGUGGUACACACCACAAUUCUUAUAGGUUUUGUUGUAGCUUCAAGCUACGCCGGGACAUCAAAUUUGUUUGGUGCUUAUAUUGCAGGAGCUUGCAUCCGCUGGUAUGAUAGUGAUAUUACUACAGAGGAAUUGCUUUCGUCAAAUGUAGUAUCAGCCGAUGGAAUAGACUUGACUCAAUAUACCAUUCCCUUAAAUAAUAAUUUGAAUCAUAUUCUAAGAUCCCGCGUUGCAGAAACUACACAAUCGAAUGCAGUAAUCGAAGGAAUGUCUUGUAAAUUGGUAGCCCUGGAAUGCCCAAGCCCAGUAUUACUCAAGAACCAGGAUAACAAGUUCAUUAAUGAAAAGAAAAAAAGGAAUUUUAAACAUGAUGGCAUUAAUGAUUCGAAAUACUUGGGAGCGGAUGAUGGCGAAUAUUUUCAAUCGACAGAUGAUAUAGUUACAGGAAAAGGGACCUGGGACACUUUUUAUGAAAAGCCUGUUUCACUGAUUUUGAAACCAUUUUUCUUCUCAUCGAUUGGGUUUUCCAUUCCAAUCUCCCAGAUGUUUGACGGCUCUACCGUCUGGCGUGGAUUGGUAUUUUCAGUUAUGAUGGUUUUAGCCAAGUUGCUGUGUGGGAUCUGGCUAGUUCGAUUCUGUUACAUAAAAAAUCUAUCAUGCUUUUCAAACAGCAACAACCAACUUCAAACUUUUCCAAGAAUAAAAUCCCUAUACCCAGCAAUAUUGGUCGGUUCUGCCAUGGUUGCUCGUGGUGAAAUUGGGUUUUUAGUCGCUGCUAUAGCUCAAAGUCGAGGAAUAUUUACCCCAGAACAGUUUUUAGUUGUGAUAUGGUCCAUUGUGCUCUGUACUAUUAUCGGACCCAUUGCAGUAGGAUUCUUAAGUCGAAAAGCGUAG